AAUGAUGACGAAUGGCAAAACGAAUGCAACUAUUCCGAAUGUGACGAUAACAGCCAAAUAAUUAAUGAAGACUGCGGGGAAGCUCAUUUACCUGAUGAUGGCGAAAGAGAUCAAGGUUUUUCUGAAACAACUCCGGAAUUCGAGUUAGACAGAAACUCAUGGGAAUAUCACAUCUUGCACAAGACGAUCUUCGCUGAGGCUAGAGGUGAACCUGAACUUGGCCAGCGAGCAGUUGCUUGGGUUAUUAAAAACCGGGCUGAUCAAAAUCAAGCGUAUUGGGGAGGUAACACGAUUAUUGGUGUGUGCCUUCAUCCCUUCCAGUUUGAAUGCUGGAAUCUGGACAGGAGCCAUCUGAUAGAUGAGGCUAUAAGAAGCGAGCCGGAUGCCUUCAACGCCAUUGAUGUUUGGCUGCCGGAAGUCUAUUUAAAUCCUGAUCCAACUGACGGAGCUGAUCACUACAACAAUCCCGACAAGGAAGGGUAUCCUCCUUGGACGAACAACAUCGCUUCCGUUAUCAAACUUGGCAAUCAUCAAUUCUAUAAAAGCAAAUGAGAAGAAUUUCAUGCUGUUGCUGUGUUGUGAAAGUGUUUGGAAAAGGCAAUGUCUUUUAGCCUUCUUUCCGUAAAAAAAACUGGAAUCUGGAAUCGUGAAACAUGUGAUGGCUACAUCACGUCGUUUAUCUUUCACAAUGGGAAAUAUCUAUGACAGUAAAGAGGAAAAAAAAAAAAAAACACUGACAUUUAACUAUUUACACGGAACAUUCGAAUUCGUAAACUAUUGAUGUACCUUGAAAGAGGGUCGAACGCGCCUGGGCAAGCGGGGAAGGGGAAUCGUUGUGGGUUUCAUAUUUUCGUCUAUCAACCUGGCGUCCCAUACAGUCAUGAAUCCAUCAUAGCAACUGUACAAUUGCCAGAUGUUUCGAUUGGCAGUGAGUCCCGGAGUUUCGGUUGGACUUGAAUCUCAGCAAAGUUGUCUGUAUUCCAUCUGGACUUUAGACGCGUAACCAGCCGCAACGAUUCCUCAGAUUACCCAAAUGCGUAUCCGAUGCCCGUGUGUUAGUACACGUCAAUUCGAUAUUUGAAUACCAGGGAAAGUCGGAUGACAAUGAAGAGCUGAAAUGAAUUUGCCCUUCUGCUGUAUAUUUAAUUCUCGUAUUAUAGUGACCUCUAAUGACGUGGUUUUGAAUAGUUUGAGUGACGUGUAUUAAACGAAUAUUAAGUUACAUGAAAAAAAUUGCUAAAUGUCACACCAACGUCUUUCUACAGCUUUAGCCUUUAUUGUAACAAUAAUGUCCUGAAAAUAUAUCGUACAGAUCAUGACAUGUACGGAAACCGCAUACAACACCGUUAGCCGGGGAACGGUUAACAUGUAUCGGCACGUUUUUCAUGUAACAAAUUCCAUCUUUGUGACUAAAAUGAUUGCAACUCUUAUUAUCCAUGCAGAUGCGACCACAGUCUUCUCCAGAGCUAGGUUGAUUUCCAAUGUCGUAACCAGGAAAAUCGCAAUUGAACAGCCAUUUGACAUUACCAGAUCCCGUGUUCCAGUCUUCCCAGGCUGCUUCAAUCAGGCAUGGUGAUAGCACAGCAAGUAAAAGAGGUAAGCAUAACCA